AAUAGGCCCGCUCACUCCUAGUAGGGCGUAUGGUCUACCUCUUCUCUGGGUGGAUCAAAGACCAGGCCCAAAAUUAGACCCGAGCCAGGGAAGAGAAAGGCAAAAUUACACAGGAGUGAGAACGGCAACAAUUACAUGUGGAAAACAGAAGUUUCUAGUAACUGCAGAUGACGAUCGACGAUGAGAGUUCUAUUUACGUCGGAGGACUUCCCUAUAACUCCACGGAGCGCUCCAUUCGCGAUGUCUUCGAUAUCUACGGUUCUGUUGUCGCCGUUAAGAUUGUUAAUGAUCGUGGGACUAGGGGAAAAUGCUAUGGCUUUGUUACUUUUACAAAUCCUAGAUCGGCAAUUGAUGCCAUCAAUGACAUGAAUGGCAGGACAAUUGAUGGACGAGUAGUGAGAGUAAAUGAAGUUACAACCAGAGGUGGGAAGUCAAACUUUGGUCGGGAGUGGUUUCAUCGUAGUGACUGGGAUAGAGGUCGAGAUCGUGAAAGGGGUAAGGAUCAUAGUAGGGACAGGCGCUGGGAUCGGUACAGUGAUAGGUCCAGAGGACAUACUUCAUCUCGAGACCAUGAUAGAGAUAAGGAAAGAGGAUAUGAGCAUGCCCUCGAUCAAGAUCCAUCAAGGGACCAUUUCUCAGAUAGAGAACAAGACAAAGAUCCAGAGGAUAAUGAGCUAGGGCUUGCUCACUACCAUAAUCAAGAUUUGGAAAGGAACAAUGAUUUUGAUCAAAACCGAUAUAGGGGAAUUGAUGGAGCCAGUGACUAUCAUGGAAGUGUUGAUAAGAGUAAAGAAUCUUCAUCAAGGAAACAAAAUGUUUCUACAAUUAACAAUCAGCAUACUGGGGAACUUUCAUCAAAUUCAGGUGAUGAUUACAAUGAUGAGGUUAAAGAACAGCUGGACAGAUCAGUUCAAAGGUGUCAAGAACUAAAAAUGGAGAUUACUCAGAUGGAAGAUCAGUUAGAUGAAAAAAAACAACUUGUCUCUGAUUUACAUAAAAGAUCUAAGAAACUGGAGGAUGCAUUGACUGAUGCAAAGAAGCUCUCUUCACAUCGUCUUAAACAGUUGACCAAGCUGUACAGAUGUUUUAUGCGAGUAAAACAGAGUUCUGAAAGACUUAGGAGCUGUGAAGAGGAACUUCAGUCAAUGGUUGAUGUGGCAAUGAAAGAAAGUGACAUGGGUGAUGAUCAUGGUUUAAAGGAUGGAAGCGGCCUGAGAACUGGCGUCAGUGCAUGAUUUUGUGGUGUAGUUUUGGAGGUUUGACUCCGGAGUCUAGCAGUCUUGUAUCUUCUUAGUGGAUGUGCUUAUUUUGAUAUCUACACUGGGCGCUAAUUAGCUCCCAAUUUGAAGUGUUAUUAUAAUCAAUUUCUCUUAUAAUCGUAAUGUACUUUAUAGUA